AUGAGGAGAAGUACUCGGAACACGACUACUACAACGACGAGGGAUAAGAGAAAGCUCAGUCCACCAUCUUUAACAUAUUGUUCACCUUUAAGUCAGAAACAGUCCAGAUUCGGGAGUCAAACUUAUGGUUCGGGUAAUAUAUUGAACCACAACAUCUGGGAAGCUCGUAACCUGCAAUUUGAAGAAUUUCCAUUUUUUAUUACUGAAAAUGUAAGGUUUUUAUUUUUUAUCAGAUUUUAGGUAAAAAUGAUAAACAAGUUCUGGAUUUAUGAGCGAUAAUCUUAUGUUUUAUUUAUUUUAAGUAUAUUUAUUUAAUUUAUUAAGCACUUUUUUAUAUUAUAGGUAAUUGUACCUCCGACAUAUUUGGUGAGGCCAGGAACUAUCUAUUCUGACUGGGAAUGUUCAUUCAGAAUCCCUCCAGAAUAUUUAUCAAAGAUGGACGAAAGGAUAAACGGAAAACGGGUAUAUCAACUUCAUGGACGUUUUUACAAGGAGGGCGAAGUUGGUAGACAACCGAUCUUCUAUCCAGAAAGCUGUGAUGUUAAAGUAGAUGGCGUUUCACUACCAUUACCUGUAAGUCUAUUUUAGUUUAUUUAAGUUUAGGUGCGUUUAUUAUAAUAUGUGUACAUGCAGGACUAUUUUUAAUAAAUUACAUUCCAGGACCCCAUCACAGUAACAGAAGGUAGGAAGAAGGUGUCUCGUCGUCCUCCUUUGCCAGUUGACAUGACUGGGUCUUUUAGACCAUUUCAGUCGUUUCAUCGUGUUAACAUAAGAUGGUCUCAUUCGACUACUGUUAAGUUUGUUUUCACUGCCGUUCUUGUCAGAAGUGUCAACGUUGAGUACUUGAAGAACAAGGUGCUGGAAGAACCUCGAUUGCUAGAUCAGACCAAGCUUUUGAUCAAGAAGAACUUCGGGGACGAAGAUGGAUUUAGUGUUUGUGAAUUGAGGGCUUCUCUUUUAUGUCCGGUAAGGCUUUUACCUUAUCUUGUCUAAUUUAUUUUAGUUUUUUAUGGUAUAAAAUUGAAUGUUUCACAAUUUUUAUAUUAUCCAUGGGUUUCUCACUUUGUGUUUUUUAAUAUUUGAUUUUAGUACGGUAGGAUAGUAAUGAACUAUCCGUCGCGAUCUCUUGAUUGUUCACAUCUCCAGUGCUUCGAUCUGGUCAAUUUUAUAUCCGUUAAUGAAAAGAAGACCAAUUGGAAGUGCCCAGUGUGCAACAAAACAGUGCUUUUUUCUAGAUUACGGGUUGACGAGUAAGUUACUACAAUAUUAUUAACUACUGAACUUUUUGAUUGUAUUGCUUUUAUACAUUUCAUUGUGUUACAAUGUUUACUUUAAUCUAUAUUUAAGUACUGUAAUCUUUUAGUUACUUUGGACAAAUUAUAAAAGAUACGAAAAGGAUCAUAAACGAAGUCGAGCUGUUCAAAGAUGGCAAUUGGGCGAAAGUUGGUCAUAAAGAUGAUGUUGUAGACAUUGAUGACUCGGAUGAUGAAGAUGCACCGUCAACAAGUCAGGUGACGGUAAAGAAUGUAAAGGAAGAGUCGCAGAGUAAAGAACGCGAACCUAAAUCAGAAGAAGUCAGGCCAUCGGCUCCUCUUCCUGUAAGUUAUAUUCAUUUAUAACAUGUGACAGUAAUCUUAUUUCACAUUAUUAUAACAGACGGUCAAGGAAACUGCUUAUUACAAUAGACAAUAUUUUUUCAGCAUGUUCCGCGUGGAGAGCUUGAAAUCAUCACUUUGUCAGAUUCCGAUGACAGCGAAAGUGAUUCUGACAGAGGAACACCAUACUGUAAUCCCAAUGAACCAUCUACGAGCAACGACUAUGUUGCGAACGGAACAAGCAACUUCAAUGGUGUUAUGAAUGGGAAUCCUAAACCAGACCCGUUGAACUCUUGGACUUUCCAAAAUAUUCCACAAGUAAGUGCUGUGCCAUAUUUCAUGAUGUUAUGUUUAAUUUUCAAAAUGUUUUUCAAGUAAGUGACAUUGGUAUAAUUAUUUUAACGUUCUUUGUUAAUUCAGCCACCUCCAAGACCUGCAGUUGCUGACGAUGAUGAGGUGAUAGUGUUGGAUUCAGAUUCUGAAGACGAUAAUUCAUCACCACCACCCCCACCAAUUCCUGGUUUUAACCCUUCCAUACCACCACCUCCAUCAUUGUUUCACACGAGUGAACAAGGAUAUCGUGGUGCCUUCUUCAACUACAACCAGUACAACAGUAUGUUCCCACAAACAACUCAGCAGGAGACUCCGGUCGGUGGCAGUCUGGAACAGUUGAUGCGCUUCAUAAACGCUGCCAACAGCUCCCAUCCAUAG